CUCACGGUUAACCUCAAUAUUUGUUUAUUAUUGCCGGCGUUCCACAUGAGAUUAGAUGAACAUGUUUAAAUUCAAUUUUGCAAGUGAUGAAGAGCAAAGUACCGAUACAGUUUCCAGCAAAGACCCGGAUUGGCUGGAAAGCCAAGAAGUUCCACCUGGAGACGAUAAUGACGAAAUAAUCAAAAACAUUUUCACCGAAUGUGAACAGAACAGUGUAGCUUGCAAAGAGACAACAGUGAAAUACUUUUACACUGUAGAUGUUCUUAAUAUACUCAGAACAGAAGACGACGAUUUACUCAAGAAGCAACUAGCGGUUCUAAAUGCGGAUGAAAACCACUCGGAUCUUCAAACAGCAGUUUACGAAGGCGGCCUGAAAAUCUGGGAAUGUACUUACGAUAUGUUAAGUUACAUUGCUGAAAGCCAGUUGGAUUUCCAUAACAAAAACGUGUUGGACUUGGGAUGUGGGGCUGGACUCAUAGGGAUGCUUUGCUUGCUAAAAGGGGCAACCUGCACGUUUCAAGACUAUAACACUGAGGUCCUCAAGUACCUCACAAUCCCUAACGUAAAACUGAACGCAGAUGAGAAGUACGUGAGCAAAAGCAAAUUCUACUCGGGUGAUUGGGGCUCGUUUACCAGUUUACUGAACCUUGAAAACGAGGAAAUGAGAUUUGACUAUAUUUUCACCGCCGAAACAAUUUACAACGUGGACAACUACCCGAAACUGCACGACUGCUUUAAGAACCUCUUGAAACAAAACGGAGAAAUAUAUGUGGCUGCAAAGUCCUACUACUUUGGAGUUGGAGGAGGCAUCUCUUUAUUUGAGGACUACCUGAAAAGUAGAACGACGUUCAAGUCGAAAAUUUGCUGGGAUUCGAGUGAAGGCCUGAAGCGCCAAAUACUACAGGUAUCUUUUAUGUAAUAUAGCUAAAAGGGGCUC